AUGGAGUCUACCCUCAAGGAGCUAAUGGUAUUGUGCUGCCUUUUAUCUCUUGAUUCACUUUUGAAAGCUGAUUUUGAAAGGGGACCAAGCUUCGAGUUGUCUAAUCGACAUAAAAGGCCUCAUGAAGAAAGGAUAAAAAUAUUACAGCAGUUAUCUGCUUUGCAGGUUGAGAAGGAUAAUCUUUUGUGGAGGAAGAGGGAACUGAAUGUGAAGAAUGACAUUGCUGAUCGAAGCUGGAAGAGGCGUCAAGAGAACCAGGAAGAAAAGAAAUCAUUGAAGAAUUUAAAGCCUUGGGUUUCUUCAUUUCCUGAGGAAAUGGGUACCAUGCAAGGCCAAUUACGUAAAUACAAAGAGGCUGCUUCUGAUUUCAUUCUUGACAGGCUGAUGUGCAGUCUCUUUCCAGCAUUCUUGAUAAGAAGAUCCACAGAUCAAGUUGCUGAGAUACAAAAAUUGAAUGCUGUGUAUAAGCUAGAUGGAAGGGCAUGUACACCCAAAUGGAAUUGGAUGAGGUGCAAGAAGAAUUGGCAACUCAUGUCCUAG